CGAUUUCAGCUCCAGCCAGAUCCGGCGUCAGCGGAGGCGGAACGGCGGACCCCGUGCCCUGGCAGCUUCGGAGCAUCGGCGGGUGGAGGCAAGGUCCCUGGACUGGUCACAUACCCCUUGUGGCCCUGGCAGAAUCAAGAUGAGGCCCUAUCAUGCCUCCCCAGUGAGGCCUACAGUCUGAGCAGACAGCAUGGCCUGCCACUGGCAGUGAACACCAUGUCUGCAGGAGGUGGCCGGGCCUUUGUUUGGCAGGUGUUCCCCCCUAUGCCCACUUGCCGGGUCUAUGGCACAGUGGCACACCAAGAUGGGCACCUGCUGGUGUUGGGGGGUUGUGGCCAGGCUGGACUGCCCCUGGACACUGCUGAGACACUGGACAUGGCCUCGCACACAUGGCUGGCACUGGCACCCCUGCCCACUGCCCGGGCUGGCGCAGCUGCGGUGGUUCUGGGCAAGCAGGUGCUAGUGGUGGGUGGUGUGGAUGAGGUCCAGAGCCCGGUAGCUGCUGUGGAGGCCUUCCUGAUGGAUGAGGGCCGCUGGGAGCGUCGAGCCACCCUCCCUCAAGCAGCCAUGGGGGUUGCAACUGUCGAGAGAGAUGGUAUGGUGUAUGCUCUGGGGGGAAUGGGCCCUGACACGGCCCCCCAGGCCCAGGUACGUGUGUAUGAGCCCCGUCGGGAUUGCUGGCUUUCGCUACCCUCCAUGCCCACACCCUGCUAUGGGGCCUCCACCUUCCUGCACGGGAACAAGAUCUAUGUCCUGGGGGGCCGCCAGGGCAAGCUCCCUGUGACUGCUUUUGAAGCCUUUGAUCUGGAGACCCGUACCUGGACCCGGCAUCCAAGCCUACCCAGCCGUCGGGCCUUUGCUGGAUGUGCCAUGGCUGAAGGCAGUGUCUUUAGCCUGGGUGGCCUGCAGCAGCCUGGGCCCCAUAACUUCUACUCUCGCCCACACUUUGUCAACACUGUGGAGAUGUUUGACCUGGAGCAUGGAUCCUGGACCAAGCUGCCCCGCAGCCUGCGCAUGAGGGAUAAGAGGGCAGACUUUGUGGUUGGCUCCCUUGGGGGGCACAUUGUGGCCAUUGGGGGCCUUGGAAACCAGCCAUGUCCUCUGGGCUCUGUGGAGAGCUUUAGCCUUGUACGACGGCGCUGGGAGGCAUUGCCUGCCAUGCCCACUGCCCGCUGUUCCUGCUCUAGUCUGCAGGCUGGGCCCCGGUUGUUUGUUAUUGGGGGUGUGGCCCAGGGCCCCAGUCAAGCCGUGGAGGCACUGUGUCUACAUGAUGGGGUCUGAAGGCCUGGUGAGAUCUGUCCACUGGAGCAGCUCAGUGCCAGAGGCAGCUAUUUCUAUGGCUCCUUUUGCUGCUGAGGACACUCACUGUGGCUCUGUGGGAUGAGAAAGGCAUGGGGAUGAGGACUUGAGACACUGGCUUGGGGCCUUGGGUUAGGGGAACCUUCGUCUUUAGUGCAGGCCACACAUAUGCUUACACCUACCUUUAUCAUCAUUCGUUCAUGAACCAUGCCUAGCUCCAUCCUUGCCCUGGGACCUACUAGGCCUUCCAUCCAACUGGGAAAUGGGGAGAAGGAAAGCUGGCGUCAUGCUCUUCAGGAUUAGUUCCUAUCUGGAGUUGACCAGGCCCACCCCAGUUGCCAUUCCUGAAAAAUGCCAGGUGCCAGCCUGCCUUUAGGGUCCCGGUAGACCCAGGAGAGUUCAGAGAGGGUGGGGGACACAGAGAGUAGAAAGGAUGUGGGAACUGCCAGAGGGCCAGAGCCCAGGAGUUCAAGCAGAGGAGUGCUGGCUUUGGGCCCUUUACACUGCUGGUUGUAUGACCUUGAGCAAGUCACUUCACCUCUCUGUGCCUCAGCAUCCUCAUCUAUAAAUGGGGAUCUCUGAAACCUUCUUACCCUACCUACCUCACAGGGCUGUUGUGAGGACCCAGGGAGUUUGGAUGUGGAAGUAAAAGUGCUGCUAAAACCUA